AUGGCGGCAACCGCUGGUCAGGUCGCUGCGACCAUCGCCAGAAUCCCUAUCGGUCCGAUCCAAAAGGAACAGGCUGACCAAGCCGCCGAAGAGCGCCAGACCCAAAUCAUGGACGCGCUGAACAGAAUACAAGGAACUCUUCAAACCAUCCAGGUUCAACAAGAGCAGCUGGCGGAUAUCGGAAUGCUGCACUCCUCUCUCUUGGUAAUUCAGGCCUGGCAAGAGGGGUAUCCUACUGCCGUCAAGAAUAAUGACACCGAGGAUAUUAACAGCUAUCUUCAAGCCCUCAAUAGCAAGGGUGCAGAUGGUGCGGCCUCUAAUGUCCGGAAUAUCUUCAACGUUUUGACUGGACAGGGUGAAGCGCCUUCAGAAGAGGCUGGAGCAACCCCUCUUGUUUAA